GGAGUGCGCGUGCGCGAGCGGGCGAGGGAGCGAGAUUGAGGCUUGUGCGCGGCGCUGGGGCUGGUGUGCGCGCGCAGCCCGCCUUGCCUUUGCCUUGCCUUUGCCUUCUUCGCCUGCUCGCAGCUCGCAGCUCGCCUUGGACUCGAGCGAACAAUACAGAGAAGUAAACAUGGCUAAAGGUGACCCGAAGAAGCCGAAGGGGAAGAUGUCUGCCUAUGCCUUCUUUGUGCAGACCUGCCGCGAGGAGCACAAGAAGAAGAACCCAGAAGUUCCCGUCAACUUUGCAGAGUUCUCCAAGAAGUGCUCAGAGCGAUGGAAGACCAUGUCCACCAAGGAGAAGGGCAAAUUCGAUGAGAUGGCCAAAGCCGACAAAGUCCGAUAUGACCGAGAAAUGAAGGAUUACGGCCCAGCGAAGGGCGGCAAGAAGAAGAAGGACCCCAACGCUCCAAAGCGCCCGCCAUCCGGAUUCUUCCUCUUCUGCUCAGAGUUCCGUCCCAAGAUCAAGUCCACCAACCCCGGCAUCUCCAUUGGCGACGUGGCCAAGAAGCUGGGAGAGAUGUGGAACAACCUCAGCGAUGGGGAGAAGCAGCCUUACAACAACAAGGCUGGGAAGCUGAAGGAGAAGUACGAGAAGGAUGUGGCAGAUUACAAGUCCAAAGGCAAGUUUGAUGGUGCCAAGAGCGCAGCGGCCAAAGCGGCGGCCGCGACCCGGAAAAAGGUAGAGGAAGAGGAGGAUGACGAGGAGGACGACGAGGAAGAGGAGGACGAGGAGGAGGACGAUGAAUGAGAAACUGUAUCAUACUUGUCUCCAUGUGAAUACCAUAGAGUAGGGGGAAACACAUUCGGAAAAGUAACCUGCACCUCUCAUUUGAGACGGUGUCUUAUUUGCCCUUUUAUUAGGUUUUAAUGAUGAGGAUAAAAUUUGGAUUUCCGAUCACAACACUGUCUGUCGCUUGUCCGAAACAACGAAAUAAAACGUCAUAAAAAAGCGUGUUAGGAAAAAAAAAAAGUACGGGAACCGAUGGGAAGGAAAAAUAAAAAUAAAAUAAUAAAAAAGAACCAUCGUAAACCGGUUGACGUUAAGUGGCCGCGGGGGGCCUUUUUAGGCUCCCCGAAACUGUAACAAAGUUGUACAUACUUCCAAACAUUUUUAAAACGAGAGAAAAAAAAAAACAAAAGAGAGAAAGAAAGAAGUGGAAACAAAAGACGCUCUAGUGUUCUCCUCAACUCUGUGCACUUUUCCUGUUGGUGUAACAAAGCAUUUAAAAAUGUUUCAAGCAUCUUAUUUUUUAAUUUGUAAGGUGGUGUUUAACUAUAUGGUUAUUGGCUAGAAAAUCCUGGGUUAUAAACUGUACAUAUCUAUAGUUUGUAAAAACUAGACAGAUUCUUGCGGUUCGUGCCCCGAGCGGAGAUCCGGAUCCUCGGGGCGCGCACCGCGAAAGUAGAUCUAUUUACACUACAGUGGGCGUCCAUUUAGCUUAAAGUUGUCUUUCUGUAUAUAGUGAGAUUAGCAUUCUGCGGCCAUUCUUAGUUGUGGAAGGGGAGGGGGAAGUUCAGCUGGCAUGAGGCAUUGUAUGGAAUCUUCUUUUUUUUCCUUUUCCCUUUUCGGUUAAGUGGGGGUAGUUUUUCAACAGAAGCCGUAGGUCUCUUCAGGGUCAGCUCCGAGCGAAGAGAGGAAGGCGCAGAAAUACCGAAGUUCGAAAACGCUCUGUACUUAAUAAUAAUAAUUAAAAAACAAAAGAGAGAGAGAGAAAACGAAAAAUUUGCAACAAAUGUUCUGUUGGUUUUUUGUAUGUUUAGAAUGCUGAAAUGUUUUUGAAGCAAAAAUAAACAGUAUUACAUUUUUAAAA